UAACAUGCACACAAUGACAAUGCUAACGCACAGAUGCUACACUGAUAACUUAGUAACAGUUAGCUAAAAUGUGUACCAUGGUCACCAUUUUAUCAUAGUUUAGUGUACUAGCCUGCUAGCUAACUAGUUAGCAUAAACACAAAGGCUGAUAGGGCUGAUGGCAACAUCAUUCGUUUUAGUUACUUUGACAAAAACAAACAUAUUGGACAAACUGAAAUAUUGGACCUGAUGACGCUGCUAAAGGAAAAUAAUCUUGUAGUACCCCAGGGUCCAUGUCAGACACCUGCAGGGCCGUUCUGCUGAGGGGAGAGGAGACAUCCAGCAGUCAGGUGAAGAUGAUGAUUUGUCUUAUAUGCCAGGAGUUGCUGGACUUAGUUUGACCUUUGAGCAUCCUGUCUUUUAAGCAAAGAAAACAAACCUGUUUGGCUGGCUGUAACCAACCAGGAAACUAAUCAAAGGGUGAGAAAGCAAGUGAGAGGGUGACAUCAAGAAAGAGAGAAAAAGAAGAAGCUGCAGCUUUUCAGCCAAUGACAGAACAUUUUUCCGCUGUGCUGUGAAUACAUCUCAGCUCUGUUGAUCCGGAGAACGUGUGACUGCUGUGCUCCUGAAAUGUGCGCAUGAAGAUUGAUCUGACAGGAGGGAGACUACAAACGAACAGGAGUGGCUGUUUUGGGAGGAAAUGCUUAGCCUAGUGCAUUUUUAGAAAUCCUGUAACUGAACGUGCUAUCCUUUAUUGGAUAAUGUAAUGCUGUUGGAUUCAUAUAUGGAUCAAGGGUGGAUGCUGUUUGACGAGGCUAAGAUGUGUGCUUUUCAGAUGAAGCUGAGAACUCACAAAAAUCAUUUUAAGGACAAUAAACACCAGCUGAAACACUCAAAAACUUGAGCCUGUAUUAAUAGCUGUUCCUAUUUCUUCUCAUAAACGUUCACACGUUCAAAAAUGAAUUCAGCUUUCACAUCACAAACAGGAGCAUAAUAAUUGAUUGUAACGCCCCCACACAUGCAGACAGACUGACAUUUAAGGCUGUUUUUGAUUUGCAUCGCUUUCAAACACACAACAGCCAAACAAUGGCGGCAGCAGGUUCAGGAGCCUCCAGGAGCCCGAAAUUGAGCUUCCAGACCCCUAGCAGUGGAGACUUGCGGCUAGUGAACAAGGCCAUCAAAAGACUGGAUAAGCUCCACGAGCUGUGCACUAACCCCCGGCUGGGCCUGAGGAACAGUCCGCCAUACCUACCAGACCUGGUAUCUGAGAGCACAAGGCUGCUCGUGCAGGUUUGGGAGCCCUACAGAGGCUCCAGGCCGGCAGGCGGUCAGGUACCCCAUGGAGACCAGGCCAAGUACCUUAGAGUCCAUGUCAGAAAUCUGCUGGAUAAGACGGACAGGGCCUUGCUGUUGUUUAAAGAGGGACGGGAGAAGAUAUUUGAGGAAACAUCAAGCUACAGGAGGAACUUGACCAAACUGUCCUUGCUGUUCAGCCACAUGCUCUGGGAGCUGAAGGCCAUGUUUUCAGGGGAAUUUUUUCAGGGUGACACCUACAGGCUGACAAAGACAGAGGCUGAGGAGUUUUGGAGGAAUUCAUUUGGCAACAAGUGUAUAGUGCAGUGGAAUAGUUUUAAACAGCAGCUGCAGAGCGUACAUCCAUUUGAGGAAGGGAUGGAGUCCAUGGCUCUGAAGUCAACUAUAGAUCUCACCUGUAAUGACCACAUCUCCGUGUUCGAGUUUGACAUCUUCACUAGACUGUUUCAGCCCUGGAGGUCACUCAUAAGGAACUGGAACCAGCUAGCAGUGACUCAUCCAGGCUACAUGGCCUUCCUCACCUAUGACCAGGUUAUAGCUCGCCUGGAACACUACCUGCAUAGACCUGGGAGCUAUAUCUUUCGUCUGAGCUGCACAAGAAUGGGCCAGUGGGCUAUUGGCCAUGUGACAAAAGAAGGUAGCAUCGUCCAGACCAUCCCCCAGAAUACACCUCUCUACCAGGCACUCAUUCAGGGCUUCAAGGAAGGCUGUUACCUCUACCCAGAUGGCCGCGAUGUAAACCUCGACCUGACAAGCUUGUGUGAACCGGCCGAGAGGGGCAAAGUCAAAGUAACAGAAGAGCAGUAUGAGCUUUAUUGUGAGAUUGGCAGCACCUUCCAGCUGUGUAAGAUCUGUGCAGAGAGGGAUAAGGACACUCGUAUCCAGCCCUGUGGGCAUCUCCUGUGCAAACCCUGCCUCAGAGGCUGGCAGCAGAAGUCAGCUGGCCACACCUGCCCAUACUGUCGUUGCGACAUCAGAGGAACAGAGUCCAUCUUCGUCGAGCCCUACCUGCCAGGCAGCGGUCAGUGGGAGGAGGACGUUGAGGAUGACGCAGAGGAGGAGGACCAUGAGGACAUUGAACUGAUAAUAAAGGAAAUGGCUGCCUUGAGGAAGUUCUCAAGUUUGGAUUACCAGGUUCCCAGCUCCCACAUCAGCGCUCCACCUCUGCCCCCUAAAAACAGCACAGCCCCACCAUGUCCAUCUAGCUCCAGCCAAUCACAGACAUCAGAAACAAGGACACCACCUAAACACUCUCACUUGCAGGCUCACAGUGGUAAUGAAGCACAUAGAAGACACAAACAACACACAAACAGGUGUCAGGGAGAGGAGUCAUAUAGCAGUGAGGAGGAGAACUCUGGUGGGCUGCCUCCGUCAUACCAACUCUCCCACAGUGCUGAAUUCCUCACAGAAGCAAUGUUUUCUUCUUCCUCUCAGAAGGAUGGCAACAGAGCAGCAUGGCUCGGACCCUCCAGCCCAGUCAGACAGAGACGAAGAUAUAAAGAGAGGGAGGAGAGGAGAAAAGAAAAAUAUGGCCUGGCAGAGAUGACAAGAACAAUGUCGUCCUGACAGGGGGGAAAAAAUGUCAUCUAAAGACUCUUUAAAUGAAGUGAGAAAUACCUGUGUGACUAAAAUAUCUUCAUUCCAGAAAUCAGCCCUCGAUGUAAAAAUAGUUUUUGUUGUCAUGGCUAACUGUAAAUGACCGUGUGUCAGCUGCACUGCUGAAGUUGAGGUGAGUGGGCGGGACUGACAGGAAAAUUGCUCACUGACGCCUCCUACUGUUCAAUAAUUAUGCUGUCAGUACUGAUUCCCAAGUCUAGUAGUCUAGUGCAAUAGUCUUGCACACCAUCAUUAUCAUUUAAGCCUUUUUUGAGCUUCCAAGAAAUAAUAGAAAUUAAUGAAAGGCUUGAUAUUGGAAAAUAUAAUUAUGGACAAAUGAAGAGGGGCAAUCACAUCUUUGGGGUGAAUUUAUGAAACAAUAGAGAUAAGCAACCUUUUCAUUUAACACACACAAGCUUGUUCUUAUAAAGAAGUUAUCUAACUCCAUCAGACAGUCUUAUAUGGUACUAAAAUCAAACAAAUAAACCUGUAACUGACAUA